AUGUUCCUCACACUCGGUUUGGUCGCGAUCGCGACGGUUCUUACCGCCGCAGCGCUGAUAUACAAAUUGAAAUUUAAACAUUUGAUCGAUGUGACGCGCGAUAUACCCUCAGCGCCGACAUUGCCCAUUAUAGGACAUGCACAUUACUUCGUUAAUAAGCCACCACAUGUGCAAAUCCAAAAACUGAAUGAAUUAAUUGAAAUCUAUGGUAAUACUAUGAAAGUGUGGCUGGGUACCGAAUUGAAUGUAAUAAUGGGCGAUGUACGGGAUGUGGAGGCGGUUUUGGGUUCGAUGGCAUUUAUUGAGAAAGCGGGUGAAUAUAAAAGGCUGGAACCAUGGCUAAAAGAGGGACUGCUCGUCAGCGGUGGGCGCAAAUGGCAUAAACGGCGUAAGGCCAUAACUCCGGCCUUUCAUUUCAAAAUCUUAGAUCAAUUUAUCGAAGUUUUUGAGCGGGAAUCACGCACUUUGGUCGCCAAUUUAGAGCGCGAGUGUCGCUUGCAGAGCAAUAGUGGUUUCAAUUUAUACGACUGGAUAAAUCUCUGCACGCUGGAUACGAUUUGUGAAACUGCCAUGGGUGUAUCUGUGCAUGCGCAAACCAAUGCUGAUUCAGAAUACGUGCAAGCCGUUAGAACCAUCUCUACCGUGAUACACAAACGCAUGUUCGACAUUAUCUAUCGGUUCGAUUUGACUUAUCGAUUCACCAAAUUGGCACGUGAAGAGAAGCGUGCCUUGUCUGUUCUACACGGCUUUACCGAGCGUAUUAUCAUGCAGCGGCGCAGAGAGUUGCUACGCGCACAAGAAAACCCGCUUAAUGCUGCCGCCGACAAAAACCCCAUGAACGGUUAUAGCGCAACGGACAAUGACGCCGAUGUGGGCGCCAAACGCAAACAAGCCUUUCUCGACAUCCUAUUGCACGCGGAGAUCGACGGCAAGCCGCUGAGUAACUUGGAUAUACGCGAAGAGGUGGACACAUUCAUGUUCGAGGGACACGACACCACCUCAGCAGCGAUCACUUUCUUCUUCUACAACAUUGCCACCUAUCCGGAGUGUCAACGAAAGUGCUACGCGGAGAUUGUCGAUAUUUUUGGCAAGGACACAAGCAAGCCGGUGACUUAUGAAGCGUUAAAUAACUUAACCUAUGUGGAAUUGUGCAUUAAGGAGACGCUACGCCUGUUUCCCUCGGUGCCGCUGUUGGGUCGGAAAGUAACGCAGGAAUGUGAAAUAAAUGGCAAAGUUUUGCCUGCUGGCACAAAUAUCGGUAUCUCGCCGCUAUAUUUGGGACGUCAGGAAAGUAUUUUCCCCGAUGCGAACAUCUUUAAGCCGGAACGAUUCGAUAUUUCAAAUGAUGCGAAGAAAGUGAAUCCCUAUGCGUAUAUUCCGUUUUCAGCUGGCCCGCGUAACUGUAUCGGUCAACGUUUCGCCAUGUUGGAGGUAAAGAGUAUCGUGACAAAUGUGCUGCGUCAUUUUGAGAUCGAGUUUGUGAGUGAUGGCACGGAAGGACCGAUACUUAUAGCUGAGCUGAUACUGCGUACCAAAGAUCCUUUGAUGUUCCGUUUGAAACCGAGGAUUUACUAAAAAAAAUCAAGUUGGCUAAACAUUAGCAGUUCAACGGAAAGUGUUAAAGGAUUGAUAUGCAACACACAUCUAAAGUUAUUAAUAAUUAUACUCAUCUAUUUAAUGAUAAACCUUCAUUAUAAAAUUA